AUGGCGCCCACACGCAUCGUGGAUGGUGUUGUGCACUCCCCGUUUCCCGACUUCGACGUGGGAAACUACUCAGCCCCCAGGCUUAUUCGGGAGAGAUUGUCCACGUUUGGAGACACAAUUGUCGCGGUUGACGACGAGCAGCAGUUGACGGGUAAACAACUACUGAAAAAGAUACAACGACAUGCCAUGGGAUUUCAACGUAGUGGCUUGGGGCCCGGCAGUUACGUCUGCGCUCAUCUCUCUAACACCGUGGAAAACGUAGCAGCAGUACUUGGAGUGGUAUUCGUCGGUGGCACAGUGGUUCUUGCUAGGCCUACCCUCGUCACAAGGGAGCUGCUAUACGAAAUCAAGGACAGUGGUUGCCGCUUCGCCUUAGCGGACAAAAGCGGGGCAUCGAAACUAUUGGAAGUUGAAAAAGAAUAUCGUUUUGAGGAAAUGUUCUGCAUAGGAGAUCUACCAGGUUUUACGGACAUCAACCAGUUUCAACAGCUUUCAGAGUCUUGUUUCAAAGAGUACUGUCCUAGCAAAAACACGGAUGACGUGAUCGCUGUUAUCUAUACAUCUGGAUCUACUGGACUACCAAAAGGUGUCGAGGCUUCUCACAUGGCGUUCGUAUCUUCUUUUCAUUCAUUUUGUUCUUUUAUGCCAACGGUUGAAGGCGACGUCUUUCUGACCUUAAAUCCUCUGACCCACGGCUCUGGAUUUUUAAUUAACGUGUUUUACAUGUGUACGGGUGUCACGACCGUCUUCAGAGAGCCCUGCUUGUCAACUGAAGACUUCUUGAAGGACCUUGAAACCUAUGAAGUGUCAACACUAUUAAUAUUUACCACAAAGAUGCAAGCUAUCAUUGACGAAGCGAAGGCCAAGGGGAAGAGAGUCCCACGAAUGAAACACAUCUACCUCGUAGGAGGCACGCUCCACAAGUCGCUCACCAGAGACCUGUGUGAGCUGUUCGGCAACGAAACAUCGGCAAGCGCCUACGCGCUGACCGAAGCACUUGGAUACGUUAGCGCGGCACCUCUGGGACAAGGGACGGACAACGUCGGUUUUCCAGUCGCUGGCUGCAAAGUGAAGGUUGUUGAUCCUGCCAGCGGAAAAACGAUGGCGUCAUGUGAACGCGGUGAGAUUUGCGUCCAAUGCAGCAGCAUGAUGAAAGGCUACCAUAGGCGUCCCGAAGCCACUGCCGCCGUACUGACUGGCGAUGGGUGGCUCCGCACAGGGGACUUUGGUUACCUCGACGACGAGGGGCGCCUGUACAUAGUGGACAGGUUGAAGCAGAUGAUAAAGUGUAUGGACAAUCAGGUUGCUCCGGCAGAACUGGAAGAAAUCCUGCUGAGUCACGACGCGGUCAAGGAGGUCGCGGUGGUCGGUCUUCCCAGCGCCAAGUACGGGGAGGCUCCAGCAGCUUGCGUCGUCCUCCGAGAUGUCUGCAAAGAGAAACACGAAGUCGUCGCUAAAGAACUGAAGCAGCUCGUUGCUGGUCGAACUGCAAUAUACAAGCAUCUCUAUGGCGGAGUUAUCUUCAUGGAGUCUCUACCCAGGUCGGAUGCUGGCAAGAUCUUGAGACAAGAACUCAAACGGAAGGUUGCGGCGAGGCAAGCAACUUAA